AUGGGCACCUCUGUCUUCCCAUGUCUCUUUGUUAUCCUCCUAGCCGGGAGCUCCCCAGCAGGCUGUGCUGAAGACAACAGCUCUGCAUCCCACAGCACGGAAGGAGAUGCAGGGAAACUUGUCCUACUGAAUGACAUCGCAGACGUGGAAGCCUUCAUCAGUGCUUCUGAGAGCACAGGGGCCACGCUGCAGCCCCGCGGCUCCCAGCACCGGGAGGAAGACGAAGAGGAAGGCCGCUCGCCCGCAGCUGCGGGAAAUGGCGGAGCGAAGCGCCCCGCGGGCGGCUCCCGGGGGCGGCCGGUAGGUGUCGCCCUUACGCCGGCGGGGCGCCGCUCUGACCGCCCUCUAUCCCUGCGCCCGCAGGAGCCGGAGAGCCCCGAGGUGUCGCAGCUCCGCCUGGCGGCCGCGCGGAUCCCGGAGGUGCCCUUCGCGCUCAGCAGCAGCUCCGCGGUGCGGGAGCACUACGGCGUGACGGCGGCCACCCUCACGCUGUUCCGCAAGGCAGACAAAGACCGGAGAGACAUGGAUAUGGACAAAGAAGAAAUUGAUGCCGAUAAGAUGAGUCGUUUCAUUCGAAUGAAUGAGCUCCGCCUGGUGACAGAGUACAACCCUACGACAGCAGUAGGUGUGCUGCACAGUUCUCUCCUGCUCCACCUCCUCCUGUUCACAGACAAGAAGUCCCCAGAGCACCCUGAGCAAAUGCGCAGAUAUCGUGCAGCAGCGGAGCUCUUUGAGGGUAAGAUUCUCUUUAUUCUGGUAGACAUUAACUUGAAAAGCAAUGAGCAAGUGAUGGCAUACUUCAAACUGAAGAAGUCCCAGCUGCCAGCCCUGGCUAUAUUCCACACACCAGAUGAGAAACACGAUGUGUUGCCUCUGGAUGAAGUCUCCAUUGAACGUGUGAAGGACUUCUGUAAUGCUUUCUUACAAAAAAUGCAAAAGGAAGAAGACAAGCCAGAGGAGAAAGCCUUCAAUGAGGAACUCUAA